CACAUGAAUCCCGUCCUGCCCCCUCCCUCCGCAGCCCCGUCCCGCUGCGCUCCUCGCAACUCCUGCAAACUCGCCCAAAGCAGAGGCACUUCCCACAGGCAGCCUCUGCCUCUCCUCGAGGGGCUCUGGCAGCUGCCAAAACUCUCUUUUCCCUCUUUCCAAAUAAAGUUCCAGCACUCGCAGAGGAGAUUCCCGCAAAAGCAAACGAUGAUUGCCCGUAGCAAGAAAGGCUCAUGUUCUCAACUCUGCCUCGCUCUCUGCACCUUUGGGCUGGCGCUGCUGGGGGAUGUGUCCCGGGCUGUACCCAUGGACGAUCAGGAUUAUUACCUGCAGGAAAUUACCAACAGGGAUCAUUAUUAUUCCUUUCCAUAUCCCGGGGAAGAGUUUUUUCCUUUCACGGAGCAACCUGGAGAGGAAGGACCUCACCGCGCUGCAGAGACAGAGGAGCACCCGCGGUUCAAACCCAGCAGGAAAGAGUUAAAACCGAAGAAGAACAACAAAAAAGGAAAACCGAUUCUUGAAACGCCACCAGAUUGCCCCCCACUUGGUCUAGAGACAUUAAAAAUUACUGACUUCCAGCUCCAUGCCUCCACAGCGAAGCGCUACGGCCUGGGGGCCCACAGAGGAAGGCUCAAUAUUCAGGCAGGUGUUAACGAAAAUGAUUUUUAUGAUGGUGCUUGGUGUGCAGGAAGAAAUGACCCAUAUCAGUGGAUUGAAGUAGAUGCUCGAAGGCUCACAAAAUUCACUGGAGUCAUCACACAAGGAAGAAACUCCCUCUGGUCGAGUAACUGGGUGACCUCUUACAGAGUCUUGGUGAGCAAUGACAGCCACGCAUGGACUGCUGUCAGAAACGAAUCUGGAGACGUGAUUUUUACAGGAAACAGUGAGAAAGAGAUCCCAGUUCUCAAUAUGCUGCCGGUGCCACUGGUGGCACGUUACAUCCGGAUAAACCCCCGCUCCUGGUUUGAGGAAGGAAGCAUCUGCAUGAGACUGGAAAUCUUGGGCUGUCCUUUGCCAGACCCAAAUAAUUAUUACCACAGAAGAAACGAAAUGACGACCACAGAUAAUCUGGACUUUAAGCAUCACAACUACAAGGAAAUGAGGCAGUUGAUGAAAACUGUGAAUAAAAUGUGUCCAAAUAUCACAAGAAUUUACAAUAUUGGAAAAAGCAACCAAGGACUGAAGCUUUAUGCUGUCGAGAUUUCUGACAACCCAGGAGAGCACGAAGUUGGGGAACCAGAGUUUCACUACAUUGCAGGAGCUCAUGGGAAUGAAGUGCUUGGACGUGAGCUAAUCCUCUUGCUAAUGCAGUUUAUGUGCCAGGAAUACCUGGCUGGGAACCCACGGAUUGUCCAUCUCAUUGAGGACACAAGGAUCCACCUCCUGCCCUCAGUCAACCCAGAUGGAUAUGACAAGGCAUAUAAAGCGGGUUCAGAAUUAGGGGGCUGGUCUUUAGGACGAUGGACUCAGGACGGCAUUGACAUCAACAAUAAUUUCCCUGACUUAAACUCUUUGCUCUGGGAGUCAGAAGAUCAGAAGAAGAGUAAAAGAAAAGUUCCAAACCAUCACAUCCCCAUCCCUGACUGGUACCUGUCUGAAAACGCCACUGUGGCGGUGGAGACACGGGCAAUAAUAGCGUGGAUGGAAAAAAUCCCUUUCGUGCUGGGUGGCAAUUUGCAGGGAGGGGAGCUGGUGGUGGCCUAUCCCUACGACAUGGUGAGGUCCAUGUGGAAAACCCAGGACUACACCCCCACCCCAGACGACCACGUGUUCCGCUGGCUGGCCUAUUCCUACGCCUCCACCCACCGCCUGAUGACGGACGCGAGGAGGAGAGCGUGUCACACGGAGGAUUUCCAGAAGGAGGAUGGCACUGUUAAUGGAGCCUCCUGGCACACCGUGGCUGGAAGCAUAAAUGACUUCAGUUACCUGCACACAAACUGCUUUGAGCUCUCCAUCUACGUUGGCUGUGACAAAUAUCCCCAUGAGAGUGAGUUGCCUGAAGAAUGGGAAAACAACCGCGAGUCCCUGAUUGUUUUCAUGGAGCAGGUCCAUCGUGGCAUCAAAGGCAUAGUGAAAGAUGUGCAUGGAAAGGGAAUCCCAAAUGCUGUUAUCUCAGUAGAAGGUGUCAACCAUGACAUUCGCACAGGAGCCGACGGCGAUUACUGGCGCCUCCUCAACCCGGGCGAGUACGUGGUGGGCGUGAGGGCCGAGGGCUACACCGCCGCCACCAAGACCUGCGAGGUGGGCUACGACAUGGGGGCCACCCAGUGCGACUUCACCAUCUCCAAAACCAACCUGGCGAGGAUCAAGGAGAUCAUGAGGAAGUUUGGGAAGCAGCCCAUCAGCCUGUCCAUGCGCCGGCACCGGCAGCGGGCGCGGCACUGGCAGCAGCACCGAUAGGCGCCGGCCCGGCAUCUCCCGGUGCCCACGAGCUCUGCUUCUGCCAGCCUGGCUGUAGUCGUAGUGAGAGUUUCAUAGCCCAUCUCUUCGUGCAUAUUUCUCUGCAAGAGGCCUUUCUGUUAGUGGAGCGGGAUGGACGGUGGGGGUUCUCGUUUUUGGCGGAAAAAUCGGAAGCAAAAUUUCAGGCUCAACCAAAAACGGCCCCCGGGUUGAAGGGAGAGGCAGGAAGAACGUAGGAAGGUGUUUUGAGUUAACCUGGAGUGAAAUGUUUGGCUUGUUGGGUUGUUUGAUCCUUUGUAAAUCUGUUUUCUUUAAAAAGAGGAGAAAGGAGGAUUAAAAAAAAAAAAAA